UCAAAGAGCUUUCUCUUGGCUAGCAAGCGCCAACAGUUCCAUCCAUUCCAAGAAACGCAAGUACAGCGAAAAGGAAAACGGCGGGAUCAAACGAAAGAAGAGAAGAGUUUCAUGGUCGAACACCUGGAGAUCACAAACAGCAGCAUCAAGAAUAAUGGUUCUUCUCUUUCUUUUCGCUUUUUUGAUGAAUAUCACCUAUAGUUUAUCGCAUGUUCAGAUUAUCCCUGAGAAAUCUUCUCUCAUGGGAAAUGGGUCGUCGCAUGUCUCUGCUUUGUACGUAAUGGGAGACUCUUCUGUUGAUUGCGGAAAUAGCACUCCUUUGUACCCUUACAUUCACCGCAAUCUUUCUUUGCUUCCCUGCAAUAGCUCCGAUACAACGCUUCUUCCGUAUCUUCUUGCUGAGAAGAUUGGCGUGCCAAACAUCUCCCCAUUUUAUGGUCAGAAUGGAUCAAUUGAUGGGUUAAGACGUGGUCUCAAUUAUGGGUCAGCUCAUGCAUCAAUCAUGAAACCUGGUAGUCUGAGCCAUCAGUCUCUUAAUCAACAACUACGCCAGGUUUUUGAAACCUUUCAGUUGUUGCAGCUCCAGCUUAGUGAGGAAAUUGCCCAACAUUUUAUCAGAUCCUCCAUGUUUUACCUUUCAUUUGGCAGAGAUGACUAUGUUGACCUCUUCCUUAGAAAUUCUUCGGGCAUAAUGCUCAAGUACAGUGGCCCAGAAUAUGCUCAGAUUCUGGUCAAUCAAAUGGUUCUUGCUGUGAAGAGCCUCUAUGAUGCAAAUGUUAGGAAGAUUAUAUGCAUGGGGAUAUUGCCACUGGGAUGCACGCCACGUAUGGUAUGGGAAUGGCGUAAUGUAACUACAAUUGAUGAUGGAAGUGGUUGUGUGGAUGAGAUCAAUGAGCUGGUCUUGCAAUACAACACAAUACUGAAUGAGAAUAUUAUUGAGCUGAAAUCAGAGUUACCGGAUUCUCAGAUCAUCUUUUGUGAUGUAUACCAAGGAAUCAUGGAGAUCAUGACCAAUCCGCAGCACUAUGGAUUCGAAGUUUUAAAUAAUGCAUGCUGCGGGCUUGGCCUGCACGGGGCAAUUAUUGGUUGUCUUUCUGCAGAGAUGGCCUGCAAUCAGCCUUCAUCUUAUGUCUGGUGGGAUCUCUAUAAUCCUUCACAAGCAGUUAACUCCUUUCUUGCUGAUGCAAUAUGGUCCGGUCACCCUUUUUCAGGCAUUUGUCGUCCUACGUUGGUUCAGGAUCUGGUUUACUCAGUUCUACAUCUAACCUGAGCGGGUUCUCAAAAAACACAUGCUUGAUCAAAUUGUUUUCUUGCUUUUUUUUUUUUAUUGUUUAAUUUUUUGGUUGCAUACAUCUAAACAACACAACGCAUGCUUGAUCAGCCUCAGAUUUGAUUGAAAUGUAGAAUUCUUUGUUAGUAUAACACUUUGUGAUGAUAUCUCCUACUACCACUGUAAGUUGUUUCCAGCAACUCAAAUCUUUUCUAACACACAGUUCUUGUG